CUUUCCCUUUCGUUGACCCUUUUGAUCCUCUUCAGGUCGACGACCGCAUCUUCUUGGUGCUUUCAUCUUGUCCACGUGAGCUGUGAACACCAGAAUGGUGUGUUCGAGGACAUCGAGGGGUGAAAGCCACACAACAUGACACACCAGGCUUCACGCAUACCACGGUGUCUUCUCUAUCGGAUUGCCUUCACAGGACUCUCGCUGCGGAGGCGCUAGAGAUCCUGAGAGAGCGAGGAGGAGGCUCCAUACAGGGGCAACAGAUGGGCGUUCUCCUGCAGGCACGGGCUCCCCUGCCAUGCUUCGCAAGGGCAAGAACACUCCUACUCUCUGCCUGUCCCAAGAUCUCGAUCCAACGGCGUGCAGAUGGGCAGCCUGUCUACUCGUUGGCUGACUGCGAGACUACUGUCGUGAAGGAGUCGGUGGCCAUUUUGAGGGAGCGAGGAGGGGGGCCUGUGGAUGGUAUUCAUAUGGGCAUUGCUCUGAGAAGCCGUUUGCCUUCCGCUAUAGAAUCGAAAAAGCAUUCCCUGGUGGAUGUGCUCUCCAAGUCCUCCGAAAUCGUGGUUAUGAGGCGGAAUGAUGCGGCGAGGCAGCCGGUGUAUCAAUUGCGGGAGCGGCCAGUGAGCUUGUCAGCGAGCAGCAGCGAGGAUCAUGGAAACGUGUGGCAGGGGACUACCUCUUCUUCCUCUUGUGAUCACGGGCCUUUUGCGUGUUCUGAUGAUGCGGGAGUGCACCCACUAGCGUAACUAACGAUCUACAGGGGGGUAACAGUACAGAUGUUCAGGUGCGAAGAAGCGAGGCCCUGUACUCUCGUCUCCUCGCCCUUCCCCUCUCCUGUUUCCCCGAUGAUCGACGCUUCAGAUGCCAAAUAGACGGCGCUGUGCGAUUUCUACUCGAUUACAGUAUCUACACAAGUACUGCUCUGGUCCUGCAGUAUCGAGUUGUUCGUCGGUUGCUUGUGGAUGCAGGGUAGGUGCCCUCGCGACACAGCAAGUGUGUCACUUUCCGGCCAUCCAUUUCGUGUCUGUCUUGUACACGCUGUCAGGAGCCAAUUCAGGUGCGACAGGAUGCAAUCGGGGCGAUGCCUGUCACUAUGCCCACUCGCAGGCUGAACUGAAGAGUUGGAGGUAAGAUAUUGUCCAACCCAAUCGUAAAACUCAUGCAUGACUUGUCAUCGUUUUAGGGCUCUUGCUCAGGCCAAGGCGCCCCCAUGCUCCCCUAUCUUCGAGCAACAUGGGGCAGCAGAGUUGUGGAUGCAGAACCCACUGCUGUACGAGCCACUGCUCUCAAGCACACCAUGAACAAGAAAACGCAAACGACCGAGUAAGGAAAGAAAGAUGAUUGAGUGUGCAUUUGUGAAAUUUUGCUUGCAUGUUCGCAGGCCCGCUGAUGUCGCCAGUGACGCAGGUGGUGUCAUAAGUGGGUUGGAGAGGGAAAUCACAGAGUUUAGAGACAUUCAUCAUAUACACACACUCCAAGUCCAAGGCGGCCUUCGACUAUGAUCUGCCC